AUGCUGGCAGUGGCUCUUGCCACGGCCACGCGCAAGCCUGAGCCUCCUGCGGAGGUGCAGGCAGCGGCAAAGGCCAAAGAGCCCUGGGACUCACAUGUGGUGUCGGCUCUGAGCGAUCUCCAGGAGAUAUCUCCCGGCUGCUUGUGGCAAGUUUCCGCCAAGGGUGCCUCCGCCGGCCCACCGAUGAGGAACAUGACCGUCUAUCGACCCGAAGGCUCUGGGGAGUUGGUGGUUUUCUCGGCGGUGGCCUUGGAGGCCCAUUUGAUGGAGCAGGUCGAGGCUCUGGGGCGGCCAGCAGUUCUGGUGGUUCCGAAUGCAUACCAUCGCGAAGAUGCCGCAGUGUGGAAGGCACGCUACCCGGACUGCAAAGUCUGCGCCCCUCAAGGCAGCACAUGGGUUCGCGAGCGCAUCGCGAAGGUCGUAGCCGUGGACUUCGAUUCACGAGAAUUGAGCCAGCGAUACGGUGGCGCAAUUGCAGUGGAGGCCAUAGACGGAUGGAAUCUGAACAGUGAAGAGGUCUUCGAGUACUACUACACCUUGAAGCUUGCUGAUGGCACUCGGGCGUACUACGUUUGCGACAUGCUGCUACGCACAAACCCAGGCUUCAUGUCCUGGGUCUUCGGCUCUGGUCCACUGCCAGGAGGCUUCCCUCGGGUGGGUCGCUUGGGUAAGCUCUUCCUCCAUGACCGCAAGCGCGUGGCAAAGUUUUAUGUCCAGCUGGCACAGCAGAACAUAAGCAUCAUUUGCUAUGCCCAUGGUGAUGCAUUCCGCGGCGACUGCAAGGCUGCGUUUGAGGCUAUCGCAGCAGAUUUGGAUGCCAUGUGCGACCUGAAAGAGGGCCAUGAAGCAGCUUGUCAAGGCGAAGAAGCCCCUGCAAGUGCGAAACGUCGAAAGAGGGAAUAG